GGAUCCGUCCUUUACAUUGUUUGGACAGGCGUAAUGUGUAUCGUGGUGGCUGUGAAUGCCAUCGUAUGGAACAAUAAUGUUGAUUUCGACAACAUCGGAUUAGUAUGGUGCGAUAUAACUUCUCGCCUCAUUAUUGGGGGAGCUGUAGCAAUCCCUGCGGCGACCUUAUGCAUCAAUCGCCGGCUGCAUCAAAUACUGACGCUCCAAUAUCAGAGAGAUCACGUUGUUCGUAAUACCCUUGUAGAUAUCUGUAUCGGUUUGGGUAUCCCAGGACUGACUGUGGUACUCUACUACGUGGUUCAGCAAUAUCGUUCCGGGAUAGUGGAAGACGUUGGUUGUUAUCCUGCGAUUGGAAACUGGAAAUCCAGUAUUCUACUAUAUGAUAUAUGGCCUCUCCUUAUCACGUUAGGCUCGUCGUUUUACUCUGGUGAGUGGAAGCGACGCCAUCAAAAGCGUUUCGUGAGCUUUUAUUUUAUUAUAUCCUUAUUCUUCCUUUAUAGCUUUGGCAGUCCGCGAAGCUCGUGUCCAUGGGGAUUUCCUUGA